AUGAAAUUGAGUUCUGCAAAGGAGUCAAAGGAGGCCUUCCCAAACCAUGGAGGACAUAAUAAGAGCUCUCUUCACUUCAAACGGCGGAGCCACCCCCUGAUUCUUCCACUUCAACCGGUCGAUCAGCUCGAGCAAUGAUCUUCGGUAACAGUAGACAUGUACAACAACAACAACAAUAACAAUCUUCAUCAUCAUCAUCAGCCUCAAAUUAGCCACACAUCAACCAGCCGUUCAUCAGACUACUCGGCUGGUGGCAGCGGCGACGGGGAGCCUAGUGGCACGGGUAACAAAUGGGCAUCCAGGCUUCUAAAGGAAUGUGCUAGAGCCAUCUCCGACAAGGAUUCUAGCAAAAUCCAUCACCUUCUUUGGAUGUUAAACGAGUUGUCUUCCCCUUAUGGAGACUGUGAUCAGAAACUAGCUUCGUAUUUCUUGCAGGCACUGUUCUGUAAGGCCACGGAAUCGGGACAACGAUGCUUUAAUACCCUAACUUCCGUCGCCGAAAAGAGCCACUCCUUCGACUCGGCACGGAAGCUGAUCCUUAAGUUCCAAGAGGUUAGUCCAUGGACAACUUUCGGUCACCUAGCCGCCAAUGGUGCAAUUUUGGAAGCUUUAGAUGGUGAGCCUAAGCUUCACAUCAUCGACAUAAGCAAUACCCUUUGCACUCAAUGGCCUACUUUGCUAGAAGCUCUGGCCACUCGAAACGACGAUACACCACACUUAAAGCUCACGGUCGUCGUCACCGCUAAUAUCGUAAGAUCGGUGAUGAAGGAAAUAAGCCAGCGAAUGGAGAAGUUUGCUAGGUUAAUGGGUGUACCCUUUGAGUUUAAUGUGAUAACUGGACUAAAUCACUUAGGUGGGCUCACAAAAGAGGCACUCGGCGUUCUCGAAGAUGAAGCCGUCGCAGUGAAUUGUAUCGGAGCCUUGCGAAGAGUCACCGUCAAGGAAAGAGCCCCUCUGAUCCAGAUGUUCCGGUCACUGGGGCCUAAAGUUGUGACGGUAGUUGAGGAAGAAGCCGAUUUUUCGAGCACUCGAUACGAAUUCGUCAAAUGCUUCGAAGAAUGCCUAAGAUUCUACACUCUCUACUUUGAAAUGCUGGAGGAAUGCUUCACCCCAACCAGCAAUGAGAAGCUUAUGCUCGAAAGGGAGUGCUCAAGGAGCAUAGUUAGGGUUUUAGCUUGUGAAGACGGCCAAGACAACGAAAGCGAGUGCGAGAGAAGAGAAAGAGGGAGCCAAUGGUCCGAAAGACUCAAGGAAGCAUUCUCGCCGGUCGGGUUUAGCGACGACGUAGCGGACGACGUCAAGGCAUUGCUAAAAAGGUACAAAGCCGGAUGGGGACUCGCACAACCACAUCAAAAUGAAACAGGACUUUACUUAACAUGGAAAGAAGAAUCAGUGGUAUGGGUAUCGGCAUGGAAACCCUAGAAACUGAAUCAUUUGCACUGCAUUUAUGAAAGAAUUUGAAGCAAAACAAAACAUGCAGAAGGAGUUCAUUGCUUUUUUCAUAUAAAAAUCAUAGAUAUAUUUACAUAUGUGCUUGUCUACUUUUUUUUUCAGCUUUAUGCUUUGGAGUUUGUGAUGUUCCUUUUUCUGAUUUAGAUCAUUAUUCUUGUUUGAAGGUGUUUGAAUUUGUGCCUCUGUCUUCUCCAUGACAAUAUCCCAUUGCUUCCCUGUAUUGAUUUUCCUUA